AUGAAAAUUACGUUACAAGAAAUUUGCAAAUUUGCUUGCACAAAACCAAGCAAUAAAAAUUUCGUUGGUGGUGAGAGUGUUUUAAAUGCUGGACAUGUGAUAAAGUGUGGGCAAGUACCAAAUAGUGAUUGUAAUAAUAUAAGUAUUUUGGCUUUUUGUUUACAAACAUCUCAUAUUAAAGACAAUCCGCAUGAAAUAACAGGUGAAAUAAUACAAGACGGUCGAAUAAUUGGAAUGAGUUGUUCAUGUAAGGCUGGUUUAAGUGGUAUAUGUAAACAUGUCGUUGCAGUAUUGCUCUAUUGUAACCGAAAUGAUUUGGAGAGCUUGCAAAUGAUCACUUGCACUGAUAAAAAGUGCGUAUGGAACGAACCUCAUAAAUCGUCAUUAGAAAAAUAUGAAGGCAAGCCAUUGGACCAACAUGAGUGUUUUUCAUUAUCAAUAAAAAAAAAUUUAAAAGCCAAAAAUCGAAAAAAAAAAAGUAACGAGACUAAAGCUAACGAUGACGACACUAAAUCCAAGGAUGUCAAUGAAAAUUCCCAGUUAUCUGAAGAGCAAAAUACUCAAUUAAGAAAUUUAAUGGUUGCUAGACUUGGGUCUUCUGCUUUAGCUUUACACAUGUAAAUUUUUUACAAGAUUUUUAUUUGUAUAUAAUA